AUGUCGCUCGUCCAGCCGCUCCAGCCCAACCACCCUGCACAGCCCGUCCAGCCCGUUCAGGCCGUUCAGCCGGUCAAGUCGCAGCCGGUCAAUGCUGCAGCCAAGACGACUGCGCUGCUGACGUGUCUGGGUUCAGGACCCGUAGCUCGUGCUGAUCGCACCAAGAUCACUCCGCUCGUUCAGGCCGCUCCGCACCACAGCGACGGAGUGUGGCUGACACUCACCCCCGCCACGUGGGGCUUUAAGCUCGACGCCAACGUCGCCGACUCUUGGAAUCCGACCGUGGCUUCCGAUGCCGCUCUGGACAGCAUCGCUUCCGACCGCGUCAAGCUCAUGCACUGCGUCAAGCAGGAGAAUCUAGGUGCCCCCGCUACCGCCCCUGCUUCGGCUCCGGCGGCUAGCCCGCAACGCGCGGGUGGUUCGGGUUCAAGCCUAGCCGGAUCCAUUGGUACAGGCGCGCGCAAGCCCGUGUCGGGCACCUUCGACGGAACGUCAAUCAAGGCUGGAGGCGUCGGCGCCGCCGCCGCGGUCGCUGCUCCUGCGGCCGACUUUGGUGCCGCUUCUGACUUUGCGUUCGAUGCGCAAAUGGACACGCCACCUUCAGGUGCCCCUGCCGCACCUGCCGACCCCGCCAACCCCGUCAACCCUGCUGCCCCUGCUACCCCGGAUGCUCCUGCUACGGACGGCUCUUCUGUCGCUGCCCCGGCUGCCGCUAACGCCGCUGCCGCUGGCUCCACUGGUGCCUCACCUGGCAGCGAAAUGUCUGCGGGUGAGGCCGCCGUCGCCAUUGCCCUCGAGCAGGCCAAAGGCUCGGCCGGCAUGCCUCUCCUGGGCCAGAACGCCUCCGACACUACAACGACCAGCACGUGCACCAAGAUCUGGACCCGCAAGGAGUAUUCGACCAUGACGGUGGAGGAAAAGACGCAGUUUGCCAACGCCUUCAAAUGCGUACGCUCCAAGCCGUCGCGCUUCAAGUCGGACCCCGGUUGGAACGCUGCCGACGACUGGACGCUCCUGCACAUCCGUAUGGUCAAGUACGUCCACUUUUCCGCCAUGUUUUUGCCGUUUCAUCGCGGCUUCUCGGCGAUUGUCGAGCGGGAUCUGCAGGAGUGCGGGUUUCAGCUUGGACUGCCAUGGGUCGACUGGACCUUGACGGCCGAGGACCCUAGUACAAAUGCGAUCUUUGACGGCAACCCAGCAUACGGACUUGGCAGCAACGGACAGGGGAACAACACCAAUUGUCCCUGGAAGACCGGUAGGGAAGUGACGGAUGGAGCGCUUGCGGAUCACUGGUUCAACGUGCCGUUCAAGCACAAGCUGUGUCGCCAGUUCAACAAUAUGGACGUCAAGCUUCCGAACGAGCACUUUGGAUCCAACUGUACCACGUUUAUCAGCGAAAGCUUCCUCAAAGGUCUGGCGUUGACGCACAAUGACGGAAGCUUCUUUGACUUUUCCUCGGCCGUCGAGAUCUCUUUGCACUUGGCAAUGCACACGAGCGCCGGCGGCAAUCUAGCCUGGCUGUCUACGUCGGUCAACGAUCCCGUAUUCCACCCCCACCACGGUCACAUCGACAACCUGUUCAGUUCGUGGCAGGACAUGAAUCCGAAGAACAAGAGGGCGUUCCAUGGACCCAAGAAGCAGCAGAAGGAUGGGGCCCAUCCGCCGUGGAAUGCCAAGCGGACGGACAUGAUCAACUUUGCCCCGCUGGCGGAUAGUGUGGCUGUCGAGGAUCUGCUCGACCAUACGAGCGGUAAGUGGGGCGGAAGAAUGUGCUACAGGUACGACCGACCCAUCGACCUGGGAUCGAGCUCGUAA